CGUGGACAUGGAGCGUAUGCGUAAUCUUACGUACAAUACUUCGGUAACAGUUCCUGCUCCGCCCGUUCGAACUCUUGUCUUGAGCAUGCUCACGACGCUGAAUGAGAAGAAAGAAAAUGAGGUAUCGCGUUUCGAAAUGUUCCCAGCAAUAUGUAUGAUAUCAACGCUGUACAAUCCAACUUGCAGUUUGAGUAAUCCAAGCACCGAUCAGAAGGAUCUGCAACGAUUAUGCAUGGUAACCAAACCAUGCGGUGGCGUGCUACCCUUCGAUAUAAAGGAACAGUUGAACAGACGUGGCCUGUCGGAUAUCGUCAUGACUGCUGGAAAUGAGAAAGCUCUGUUAUCUCUAUUCCUUGCUAAAAUGCAAAAGUAUGAACCAGAUGUGAUUGUGGGACAUGAUCUCUCUGCAUCGAUUGCAUUACUUGUAUCGCGUAUGGAUAAGCUCAAGGUUGCCAACUGGUCGAGAACCAGCCGUUUGAAACGAACAAUAAAUGUGGGAAAAGUGGCCCAUAACAAGGCUGGGCAAUGGGAGCUGACAGCUGGAAGAUUGUUGGUGGAUUCGAGGCUUUCUGCCAUGGAACUGGUGCGGUCACGUAGUUACGACCUCUCAGAGCUGGUCGCCCAGUUGUUGGGAGACCAAAGAGAAAACAUAUAUGCGAGUGAAGUGAGCGCAAAAUUCAGUUCGUCGCAGCAGCUGCUCAACCUCAUUCAAUGGAGUUGGAUGGAUCCAUGGUUCUCUCUGCGUGUAAUUGCUCAACUUAAUGCUCUCCCACUGGCUGUGCAGAUUACAAAUAUUGUUGGCGGCGUCGCAUCUCGCACGCUAAUGGGUGGUCGAGCAGAACGUAAUGAGUUCCUGUUGCUACAUGCUUUUAAUAAAGCAAAUUAUAUAGCACCAAAUAAGUAUACGCCAAACUUCAGAAGAGGAAAACAAGAGAAAGAAGUGGAACUGCUAGACGGAGCCAAUAAUGAGGAGGCGGAUAAGGACGAUAAGGAAGAUAAGUCAAAGAAUAAAGCACAGUACUCCGGUGGCUUAGUGUUGGAACCUAAGAAAGGUCUCUACGAUACCCUCAUACUCUUGCUCGAUUUCAACUCACUGUAUCCUAGUAUCAUACAAGAGUACAACAUUUGCUUCACUACUGUUCCCCAUGUCAAGGAUGGCGAUGAACUCCCUGAAGUCCCAUCGUCCACUUUAUCCGAAGGUAUACUUCCGUGUGAGAUUCGAGGCCUUGUUGAAAGAAGAAGAGAAGUGAAAAAGCUCAUGAAGGGCGAAGCAUCGGAGUCAAAGCGAAAGCAGUACGACAUCCGCCAAAUGGCUUUGAAAUUGACUGCGAACAGUAUGUAUGGAUGUUUGGGUUUCCAACAGUCUCGUUUCUAUGCAAAACCUCUUGCGGCGCUCAUCACAUCAAAAGGAAGAGAGAUCCUUAUGCACACGAAAGAUCUUGUGGAGAAGCUUGGAUACUCAGUCAUCUACGGUGAUACAGAUUCUAUUAUGAUCAACACCAACAGCAAUGACUUGAAACAGGCGAAGAAGCUGGGCUUCGAGAUCAAACGCCAAGUCAAUCAGUGUCAUCGCCUGUUAGAGCUUGAGCUUGACGGGGUCUUCAAACGCAUGUUGCUAUUGAAAAAGAAGAAGUAUGCUGCACUCACUGUAAAUCCAGACAAUGAACUUGAUACCAAGAAAGAAUUGAAAGGUCUGGACAUUGUGCGGAGAGACUGGUCCCAACUGGCAAAGGAAGCUGGAAACGCUGUGGUUGAUCUGAUUCUCGAUCCUAACCUUUCGCGAGAUGAUUUGGUAGCAGAGAUCCAUGAAUCAUUGCAACGUCUCCGAGCCAAGCUAGAGAAAGGUGUCGAUGUGAAGCUGUUCGAGAUUAGCAAGGUAAUUCUAUGGUCUUUCAAUGAUUACUGCAGAAGUUUCGAGGAACAAUUACAACAACUCACUCGCAAUCCCAAAGAUUACCAUGACCUGAAAUCACAACCCCAUGCAGCAGUUGCAUGUAGGCUGAAUGAGACCGGUAAAUUCUCUCUACGGCAUGGAGACAUCGUCGAAUACAUCAUAUGUGAAGUUUUUUGGCUAAUCUUGUCGAGUUUUCGCUUAUUACCACUCAUUAAGGAUGGCACCACCAACUCGGCCAUGCAAAGAGCGUAUCACCGAACAGAGCUGGAACAGAACCCUGAUUUGAAGAUUGGUUAG